AUGCCAGUUCCAUGGGAGGCUCUUAUACCAUUCGGUCUUUUGACUGUCAUGUUCGGAAUAACAGGUACAGCUUUUAACACUGCUAAACGAAUGACCAACGACGGAAAGCCACCACGAUAUAAUCUCGAUUCAUGGGAUUCAAUGAUGAUGGAACGUGAUAGGAGAUUAACGGGAUCGUUGAGAGGGCAAAGUACCGACCCAAUCGCGCCAAAAGAGUUCGCUACAAACUCAGUAUGGGAUACAGAGAGGGUACAUUAG